AUGUCGAACCCGGAGGAGCCAGCGAACAUCGGCAGGGUGCUGAGUUUCCUCCGGGACUGGGACCGUGGAGACAGGGCGGUGCGCGGCCGCAUGUUGAGCACCUUUGUGGGUCAGAGCUCAGGGAAGACGUGCUACGAGCUGGAGGGUCAGUUCGCUCAGGUGUCCAGUCUCUUUCUGGCUCGACUCACCACCUGGAUGAGACUCACAUACAUUUUUGGGACUUUCUUGGGCCUCCAGUUAAGAGCAAUUAGGAUUUUCCUGUCUGCAUCAGGCCAUGAUCAGUACCUGACGGAGUUCCUGGAGGACGGAGGCGUUCUCACUCUCCUGGACAUCCUGAGUCACGCUGAGAGCAAAGAGGAGGACAAGGCUGAGGCCGUCCAUCUCCUGCUCACUGUGUCCAACGCUGGUCGCAAGUACAAAGAGAUGAUCUGUGAAAGCCAUGGUGUGGAAGUGAUAGCAGAGUAUCUGGCCAAGUCCAACACAGAGGAAACCCAAGACACAGCCUGGGCCCUUCUGGAGUCCCUGUCCCACUGGAAUCCUAAAUAUCAACAUCUGAUCUACAAAAGCCUCAUCGCCCUCAUGGCUUGUAGAUCUCCUAAAGCCCAGCAGAUGGUGCUGCACACCCUACGUGUUGUUCAGUCCAAAAUGAAGACGGCCCAUCACAGCAUUGUUGAGCCUCUACUGAACAUGCUGCGAUCUCUUCACCUGGACGUCAAGGAUGAAGCUACUCAUCUUAUCCUUGACCUGAAGUGUUCUGAAGUGAGGCCGGUGCUUCUCAGAGGCCUGGUGGCUCUGCUGAGGCCUGUCCAAGAAGAUGUGAAGUCACAGCAGAUCACAGAAGAGGCUGAGAUGAUGGUGAUGAUUGGAUCUCUGCCUGUGUUUGUGCAACAAGCGGCUGCAGCUAAAACCAUAAGGUUGCUGGCUGAAGAGGAUCAGGAGAUUUCUCAUGCUCUUGUCUCUCUUGGAGUGAUCCAGGGUCUCCUGUGUGCUUUGGGCAACAAAGAACACACUGACGCUCAAAUACAAGCCAGCCUGGCCCUGAAGCACUUUGUCCGCUCAUUUCCUGUUAUUGAGGAACACCUGGAGAGAUUCAUGGGCAGGUCACUGUUUGCAGCCUUUGUGAACCAGGCUGAGACUUUCCACAUGAAUCUGGAUGAAACACAAGCAGAAAACCUGCUGACGAACAAAGUCAACAUAUCGAUGCGUCAAAGCAAAAGAGGCGUAGUGGAAGUGAUCGAAUCUGCGAAAGCAAAGAGGAAGAGGACAAAGACAGCGGUGAAAGAAGAGGAAACCACGGCCUCACCGUCCUCGUACCACACGUUCACCGAUCCUGCUGCUGUGCUGCUGCUGCGCUCUGAGCUCCUGACCUGGUACGACAGGGAGAAGAGGGAGCUGCCAUGGAGGACUCUGGCUUUGACAGAACCAGACCUCAACAUCAGGACAUAUGCAGUCUGGGUUUCAGAAAUCAUGCUGCAACAGACUCAAGUGGCCACAGUAAUAGAUUACUACAACAAGUGGAUGAAGCGGUGGCCGACUGUUCAGGAUCUGUCAGCUGCCACACUGGAGGAGGUGAACCAAAUGUGGGCGGGUCUCGGAUACUAUUCCAGAGGAAGAAGACUUCAUGAAGGAGCUCAGAAGGUCGUGACAGAGCUGAAGGGACAGAUGCCUCGGACAGUUGACAGCCUUCUCAAGGAGUUACCUGGUGUGGGACGCUACACUGCUGCUGCUGUUGGUUCUAUUGCACUGGGACAGGUAACCGGAGCCGUGGAUGGAAAUGUGAUCCGGGGGCUGUGUCGCCUGAGAGCCAUUGGAGCCGACAGCACCAGUCCUGCAGUAACUGAGGCUCUUUGGGAUCUAGCCAACACACUGGUGGACCCAGACAGACCUGGGGACUUUAACCAGGCCAUGAUGGAGCUGGGGGCCCGAGUGUGUACCCCUAAAGGAGCAGUGUGCAGCCAGUGUCCUGUCCAGUCUCACUGCCACUCGUAUCGCAAGGUUCAUGUCAAACAAGAGCAAAACUCUAAGAAGCUUCUGGGGAAGCUGGGGGGGAAAGCUUCAUCCCUGCAUGAUAUAGAAGACUGUGUGAUCGGUGGAACAUGUCGGCUCUGUCCCUCGGAUCCGUGGGACAAUGCGUUGGGCGUUCACAACUUCCCCAGGAAACCGGCAAAGAAAGCGCCCCGGGUGGAGCGAACUCUGACCUGUGUGGUGAUCAGACGUGGUGACGAGGGAGAGGAAGAGUACCUGCUCACACAGAGACCAGACAAAGGUUUGUUGGCAGGCUUGUGGGAGUUUCCUAGUCUUCUGCUGGAUGAGGAGAGUUCUGAGAUGAAACAGAAGGGGGCGCUCUGUGCUGUGAUCAGCGGGAUACUGGGAACAAGUGUGACUGAGACCCUCCUCCAGCACAUCGGAGACGUGGUUCACAUCUUCUCCCACAUCCACCAGACGUAUGUGGUUCACAUUGUCCACCUGAAAGACUUAGACACACAAACACACACUGAAAACACACAUUGGCUCAGCAGAGCUGCGCUACAGGAAGCUGCCGUGUCCACAGGAGUGAAAAAGAUUGUGAAGCUGUAUGAUUCUGUGGAGAGUCAGAAAGAACAGACCUCGAAGAAUGGAAAGAAGCAAAACGCUACUGGUGUCAAAAAUAACAAGAAGCUACCUCCCUCAAAGAAAACCAAACUUGGCGCAGAGAGCAGCGGAGGCCGACAGCUCUCGCUCAGCUGCUUCUUCAAAGCAGUGAAAGAGGAAAGUUGAUGGAGUUGGGUGUGAAAGUCCAACAUGGGCCUUCACAAGUGUAUGAGCUCCCCUGUUUCCAGAUGAAUGUAUUGUUUUGAUCUCAUCACCGAAUUCUAUCGAAUAAUUUGAAGAGAUAUGUACGUUUUUAAAUGGCUUCACAUUGAGUGUGUUAUACAGCUCUUAUAAAUCCCUUUGGGGACUUUUAGUUUUUAUUGACCUCAUUGCAGAUCAUGUUUUUAUCACCAAAUUAUGUUCAUAGUCAUAAGAUGUUUUCCUCUGUGUAGCUCAACUAAUGUCUCUAAACUCCUCUGAAUGUUCACAACACACCCACAACAAUAUCUGUUUGUG